UCAUAAUAUAUAAGGCCGUACAGCAGCACGAGUAAAUCCAUCAGAUCUUGAGCGUUUCUACUCGAGAAGCUUCACCCAUCAUGAACGCCGUCCUGAUGCUCACCGUUAUUGCAGCCAGCAUCCUUCUGUCCGCUGCUGUGCAGCCGCUCGGCGCGGGUUACAACAGCCGCUGUGUGUGUCUGAAGCUGGAGUCCAGGAUCAUCCCGCCGGAUAACCUGCGACGUGUGGAGAUCCUCCCCAGAGGCCCUCACUGCAAGACCACUGAGGUCAUUGCUGGCCUAUCGAGUGGAGAAAAGAUCUGUCUUAACCCCAGGACACCAUGGGUUAAAAGACUCAUUCACUUUAUUGAGAAAAAAGAGCGAAUGGCCAAGAAAGCAUAGAAGACAUUUAUGUUGUGACUUAUAUUACUUUCAUUCUCACUACUCACAAGACACAUUAGCUCACUAUGUUUUGAAACAGAGCGCUUAAAUGUAAAUUCUUGCAAAAUAAUAUUUUUAUAUGCAUUCUGAUCCUUUCAUUCUGAUUGAUAUGUGUUUGUCCUGUCUAAUGAUUUCAAGACACCAUGAUCCAAAUGAUAUGCUACACUACAGUCUGUUACACUGCAUCUAUUCAUUGUAUACUGUUGCAAUCAGUUUGUUAAAAAUUAUAAAAGUUGUGGAAUAUAUGGAUGAUGUUUUUUAAUUAAAUCCUUUCUUUUAUCAAA